AUGCCACCAAAAAAAACCGGAAAGGCCAAACCUCAGAAACAGAAUGAGGAUUCUGGUGAUGUCGCUGUAAAAGGUGGGAAACUGAAGGCUGCCAAUUCGAUCAAGGUUCGCCAUAUUCUAUGUGAAAAGCAUUCCAAAAUUAUGGAGGCAUUAGAGCUUUUGAAAAGUGGACAGCGCUUUGAUAAAGUAGCUGAGCAGUAUUCCGAGGAUAAGGCCAAGGCUGGCGGAUCUCUAGGUUGGAUGACUCGUGGUUCCAUGGUGGGCGUAUUCCAGGAUGCUGCAUUCUUAUUAGUUCCAAGCACGCCAGACAAACCAAUCUAUACAAAUCCUCCAGUUAAAUCAAACUUUGGCUAUCAUAUCAUUAUGGUGGAAGAUCGUAAAUGA